CAUCUUUUAACGUAUUUUGGUAAGACGCGGUCGGGCAUCUCCGGGCUGACGCUCUGCCAUUAUACCACGGAGGCGGUCAUACAUAAAAAACCCAGGAUGAAUAUGGAAUUUGAAGCAAGGAUCACUGCAUGUCUCCAGGAUUCAACCUGACAACUGGACCACCUUUGUCCCCAAGCUGAUUGUGUGAUUAAAUUGUGUGAGUUGAGUUGAUUUUAAUGCCGCUGUGAACAGUAUUCCAAUUAUCACAACGUGUCAACUUAAUGUGGGAGGAAAGCCCGAAGUAAUGCAGAGCUCAGACGUUUACCACUUUGGUGGAACCCACAAGCACGGGUGUGGUGCUGACAAACCUAGAAACAUAAUCGGGGCGAACCGGGAUUCGAACCCACACUCACAAGUAUCUGACAAUAAUUAUGUGAUGCAGGAUGACCUGACAUGAUGCUCUUACCAUAAAUGUCUUAUAUAUAAUCCCCUAAAACGUCAACCACUUACCGGUGGCACGGGUGGCCCGGUCGUCUAAGGAGCCGCGAUUCGCUGUGCAGAGUUGCGUCCCUUAAGCGGCGUUAAAUCGAACUCACUCACUCUGUAAAAUGACUGGAAUUGAUUUUCUACAGUGUUUGGUUUUGUUAGUUGCCUGCCCCUUACCCUGGGACAUCCUGCUUGUGUUGUGCAACAUGUAAGACAUGUGACGCAAUGUUAGAUAUAACAAUAUGUUCGAUAUGACACGCGAAUUGUUGGAGCGUCUAUUUAUAGCCACUGAUUCAGCCUAACCAGUAUAACAGCGCGACCGUAUUUCCCACCCGGUAGACACUUACCGAACAGCGCACACAAGAGUUAGAAGGGAGUCAUACACUGCGACAAGAUUUUGCAAACACAAGGGGUAGUGAACCGCCCAAGUGUGAUAGCAGAUCUGUUGAGAUGGAUUUCGGGAGCGAAUUUGUGUAUGUUGGGGAGGACGAAGAUGAAAUCCUCAAUUCCGACUCGUCAGAAGAAGAGGAAACGGAAAUGGAUGAGAUGGAAUGUAUGCUGGACAUCCUCGACACGGCCGGGCAGGAAGAGUACUCCGCAAUGCGAGAUCUGUACACUCGGUCAGCUCAAGGCUUCAUCAUCGUGUACGACAUCACGAACAGGGAGUCGUUCGAGGAAGCAACGGCCAUGUUUACUUUCCUGGAAACAAGUAAACAGGGGGAAAAAAUAUAUGCUGUUCUGUGCGGCAACAAAUCUGAUCUAGAGAACCAACGUGUUGUCUCCAAGGCAGAAGGCAAAGGUCUGGCCAGAGCCAGGGACGUGCCCUUCAGGGAGACAUCGGCCAAAACAGGGGACAAUGUUAGGGACGCUAUAGAGGCCUUACUCAGGACCAUCCCUCGUCAAGGGAUUGAAUAUAAGCUUGUAACAAUGGGAACAGGUGGUGUGGGCAAGUCGUCUGUCACCUUGCGUCUAGUGCACGAGUCGUUUGUAGAAAACUUUGAUCCCACCAUUGAAGAUUCCUACAAGAAGAUGAUCAACGUCAAAGGUCUUCCGAAGAUGGAGGCCAAAGAAAAGAAGAAGAAAUCUGAAGCAUCAGCAACCGAAUCUGCACCAGUACAAGCACAGGCAACUGGUGGACUACCAGGGGAAGCUGCCGGUAGGACCCCCAUCAAGACAAAGAAGAUAGAUGGCAAUGUGGUGCACAUCCCCCUGGGUACACUGGCCGAUGAUCCACAACUUGUGACCGGGGAUCCAGUUCGGUGCAGGAAGUGUGACGCCGCUCUGUGCCAGACAUCAAGCCUCAUAGACAAUGGAGAUGCAAGGCAGUGGACCUGUGAGUAUUGCGGGAAAGAGAACAAAGAACUAGACGUGACCUCGGAGGAGAUACCCAGAGAGUUGAUGUUUGACUACAUGUUGAGUCCUGCAACAGAGAAAGAGGAGGAGGCAGCUGAGGUUGUCCAGAAGAUCACGCCAGGAAUAAUUGUCUACUGCAUGGACGUCAGCGGCUCAAUGGAUGCCAAGGCAGAUGUCCCAGAACUACAAGCGGCAUGGAAGCAGGCUCGGAGUGGGGAGACGCUGGAGGCUAAAUCUAGGCUGGAGUGUAUCAAGGAGGCUGUGAUGAGACAGGUGGAGCUGCUGAAACUGGAACAGCCGGAAAAACAAGUGAUGCUGGUCCUCUUUGACUCAGAAAUCGAGAUCGUAGGUGAUGGGACAGGACAACCUAUAAACAUCACCGGUGUUGACAUGAAUGACUUUGAUGCUCUCAUCAAAAAGGGGAAAGAUCUAGCAGAAAGAAAUGAGAUCAAACCUCUACGACUUUCCCAUGAUGGUUUGAUGGAGAAGGUGGCAGACUUGCACACGCGAGGCUGUACAGCACUUGGCCCUGCAUUGGCAAUAUGUGCUGGAUUUGUGAGUGAAGUGCCUUCAUCAGAGAUUGUGCUGUGUACUGAUGGGGCUCCAAACCGUGGCAUUGGCUCCUUGAGUCAUGGCGUCUCUGACUCUGACUUCUAUACGACGAUCGGCAACUAUGCUCGUUCGAAGAACAUCGUCAUCAACAUCAUGGCAGUGGAGGGAGAGCCUGUCGGGAUGCAGCACGUCAGUGCGUGUGCACUGGCUUCAGGCGGCACCGUCAACGUCCUCAACCCCCUGGAGAUUGUCCGGGAGCUGCGCCUCAUCUGGCAGAACAAGAUCGUGGCUUCAUCAGUUCAUGUUACCUUCCUGCUGCAUCCAUCCCUUGUGUUUGUUGAAGAAGGUUAUCCAAAGGACUGCAGCAGGUUGGUGAAAGAGGUGGGCAAUGCCCUUAAGGACACGGACCUCACAUUCAACUUCAAACUCAAAGAUCCGGACACCAUCCCAGAAAUUGAUGAAAUCCCUUUCCAGGUUCAGAUCGCCUACACUCGCAAGAACGGCAUGAAGUGUCUCCGUGUCAUGUGCAAGAGUCACAAGUUCACCAAGGACAGGAAGGUCAUGGAGGAGAACAUCAAUGUGGCAGUCGUGGGAUUGGCCACCGUGCAGAAGACGGCAGAGAUGGUGAAGCAGGGAGCCCCAAAACAAGCCAAGGGACAUAUACGGGCAGCCAAACAUGUGAUGAAGAGAGGUGCGAAGACUGUAGAACAACGCGAGGAGCGAUAUGCAUUUCAUACAGCAUGCUCGGAACUGGAAACAGACCUGGAUAGGAACAUGACAAAAUGGGAACGGGGCAGAGCAAGUGACUUUUCCCACAAAAUCGUGGGCCACGCGCUGAAAGCUCCAGCGUCCCAUUUCCAUGGCUCACGAAAAAUGGCGGCGAAAACCAAAUCUCGUCAACUCAGCAGUACAGCUGCAGAUAACUAUUACGACUAUCAGCAUUACAAGUGUUAGGGACCUCGAUUAUGUGGCAUGGUAAUCGAUGGCACCACUUGCGUCUGAAUCAUCACCGAGCAAUUCAUCUGCAGAAUUCAAACAGAGCAAUGUUUGAAUGGUUGUUCCAAAAGACGAAGAGUUUUCAUAAUUGAAGUUAAAAUGUCAGCCUCUUCAAACUCAACGAAAAUGUCGAGGUAAAAAUGAGACUAAUUUAUUUCGUGAAUCUUGUGGUACAGACAAUUGCAUUUUAAAUAAAACCAAAAACUUGAACAAACAUUACCGCAAACCUAAACUAAAGUUGAUAUUACCGUAUACAAUGGUUUUGCUUUCUUAAAGUCAGUACAUGGCUGUCAUGCUACAUUUGUCUUUUGCUAAUCACCUGUCAGCGCCAAUUAUAUGUUGCCGUCUCUUGUUAAGUUUCCACAUUUGUUAUCUUAUUACUUUUGUUGUUCUAACUGAUACAUAUAAAUGUUCUCCGCUUCAUAUCAUUUAUUCACCUUAGUAAGUAUAUUAUCAUUUAUAUCAUGAUAUAACAUUUAUACUAAGUUUUCAAAUAAUAAUUAGACCCACAGGAAGUGCGUUUAGCAUUGUGGGUGUAACAUUUAUACAAAUUUUAAAUGAUCACAAAACAGGAAGUAAUACACAUUAGGAUCCAGGAUAAAUGCACAUACAAAAUAUUAGAAGUUUCAAUUAUGUCUACAUAGUUUAAUAGAUUUAAAGCUUUUUAGAUAAAUACUAGCCUAAGGUAACAAGAUCCCAUCCCCCAGACAUACUAUUCAACAAGGCAAGAGAUAAAUUAUGUCUACAUAGUCUUA